UGUGCGCGCGAGGCUUCACCAAACCUCGGCUCUCUAAUUCGCUCAGUCGCGCCGCGCGCUCCGUUGGUGUGGCUCGCUCUUCUUCCUCCUCGUGCGUAAGAGCGCGCCGAUGGCCAUGUUCAAAGAGAUGCAGUUGUGAUAACGCAACAUUCUGAGAACCCGCGAUGCGCUGCCGAACGGACCCAUAGGCGCUCAAUUGGAUGUGUGUGCAACAUCUCAGUUUGACAUAACAUUUAAUCCGAUUUAUUUCAGGUAUAGAGUGAAGACUUGAAGAUUAUCGGCGCAUGCGUUGGUUUUCUCGAGAAAAUGCCAAUCGCCGCGGAUGGCGGUGAAUUGUCGUUUGGAUGUAUGUUCCUGGACUCCUGAUUACACCAGCGUUUGCCUGUCUUUCCUCCUGUUUCGGUUACGCAUGCAAUUGAGCGAAGGUGCAAAAGCACCAUGAAGGGGAAAUACUUUAUCCUGGGCUACUUGUUGGUCAAAGUUAUGGCCCUUGUAUGCAAGGCGGACGGGGAGCCGGGCUUGCUGGGGGGGUUCGUCAUGAUCACCACCUCCAACGGAUCCAGGGAGGAGGAAAGCGUGUCGGAGGAGACGCCGCACACGGAGGAGGAAUGCCGGGGUUACUUCGACGUGAUGGGCCAGUGGGACCCGCCGUUCAUUUGCAAGACCGAGAAUUACCUUUACUGCUGCGGCACCUGUGGCUUCCGAUUCUGCUGCUCGUACAAACACUCGCGCUUGGACCAAAGCACCUGUAAGAACUACGACACCCCGGUGUGGAUGAAGACCAGGGAGACCCCGUUCAAGAAGAUCAACAAGCUGCACGACAGCACCAAAGACAAAACCAACUUAAUCGUUUACAUCAUCUGUGGAGUAGUGGCUAUCAUGGCUCUUGUGGGUAUUUUUACCAAACUGGGUCUGGAGAAGGCUCACCGACCGCAAAGAGAGAACAUGUCCAGGGCCGUCGCCAGCGUUCUCCAGGGCGGAGCUCCGGGUGAGCAGUUUCGGGGUAAGGACCCCCUGGGGAUGCAUUCUCAGCACUUUGUUGCCAAGGCCACUAACCUCCAGGGCGGCCAGAUCCUCAACAACAACAUGGGUCCGUCGGGGGCUGAGCUUGGCCAACAGCACGCCUACCCUGCCCUCAGCCAGCUGGCCGACGUCUACGAGCAUCACCACCACCAGCAGCAGCAGCAGCACCACCACCAGCACCAACUACAGCAGCCCUGCAAGGAGAUCAACAAAUACGCCUCUCUGAAGGCCGUGGCGGCCAAGUACAAUGGCGAGCUCUACCAGAAGCAGCGCCUGAUGGUGGAGCUGCCCUCCAAGGGGGGUCUUCCCCUGCAACCCAUGGGCACCCUGAGAGCCGCCAUGGGCACCCUGAGACCCUCCAUGGGCAUGGGCACGCUGUCCUCCAUGAGCCCACCCAUGACCUCCAACCCCAUGACCUCCAACCCCAUGAGCUCCAACCACAUGAGCUCCAACCACAUGAACAGCACGAUGACCCCCAUGGCCAUGACCCAGAUGACCAUGACCCCCAUGACCCAGAUGACGCAGAUGAACCAGAUGACGUCUAUGGCCCCCAUGACCUCCAUGAACCCCAUGAACCAGAUGCCCCCCAUGACCCACAUGACCUCCCUGAACUCCAUGACCCAGAUGCCCCCCAUGACCCAGAUGACGUCCCUGGGCCCGCUGACCCCCGAGCCCGUGGCCACCUACAUCACGGAGAUGCCCACCAUCUCCUCCGUCUCCGCCAUGCCCUCAGACAGACACGGAGGCGGGGGUGGGGGUGGCGGGGGAGGAGGUGGAGGUGGGGGUGGACACAAGGUGAACAUGGAAGCCCAGAGGCAGAAGCAGAAAGCGGGCCACUCCGGGCACUCUGUCCACCCUGGACACAGCACCCUAAACACCCACAGCCACCCCCAUGGCCCCACCCAGCUCCACGGCCACGGGGGCAGCAAGCCGCCCGGACACGGGGGGGGGAACCCCAUGGCUCACAUGAUGACCGGCACCCUCCCGGGCAGCUCCUCCAUGGGGAUGUCCUCCCGGACGUCCGGCACCAACCUGGGCACGGGCUCGGGCACCAUGGGCCACCCGCAGGCCUACAGCUCCCACACCAUGGGGGGGGGGGCCAGCCGGCAGGGCACGGGACUGGGGGCGCUGAAGGGGUGGGACGGCACGGAGACGGUGGGCCGGAGGAAGAGCUACGGCCACAAGCGGCCCCAGUGCACGGUGCUGGAGCAGAGCCAGCUGCACGGCAGCCGCGUCCACAGCCACAGCCAGCACUACCUCCCCACGCAGGCCUACUACGUCACCAACAGCAAGACGGAGGUGACCGUGUGAGACCCAGACCAGGGAGGGAGGAGGAGGAGGGCGGAGGAGGAGGAGGAGGAGGAGGAGGAGGAGGAGGAAGACGGGAGGGCACCAGGAGUUGGUUGCGCAUGUGACCGUGUGACCGUGAGCGCGAGCGACGGCCUCGGUCGUCGACCGGGGUCUUGGGGGGCGUCUCCAGAGACGGUGGGAGCCGGAGGUGGGAGAUGGACGCUGUUGCGCUUUUAUUCUGAAAGAGUGCUUGGCGGCGAUGGUGGGAGUGUGUGUGUGUGUGAGGGGGGGGG